GUGCCUUUUCCACAAGAGUUAACAGUGGAGAAGAAGAUGAGUCGUAGUUGUGUGAUUUCAUGGUCUGCACCAGAUGAUUCAUUAACCCCCAUAUCGCAAUAUCAUGUUUGUGUGGAUAGUAUUGUCCGUGCUGUAGUGCCGGGAUCUUUUAAGUGUAAAGCAUUGAUCGAAGAUAUCGAUUUAUCCAAACCAAUUAACUUAUCAGUGCGUGCUGUGACCGAGAAUGGACAUAGUCCGGAUGCUGCAUGCACUAUCUCACUGGGAAAAGAUGCACCAAUAGCUCCGCAACAUGUCCGUAUUUGGUCGAUAACACCUAUAUCAGCUUGCGUUUCAUGGUAUCCAAGUGAUAGUAAUGCGGAACAUGCUAUUCUGCUCAAUGCGGUCAAAGUGGGAAUGUGCCCUCCUUCUGUCUUUCAGGUGCAGUUAAACGGUCUUUUACCUUCAACAAUCUAUCGUGUCUCCGUGCGUACCAAACAUCCGAAAGCUGUUUUAGAACAGCGACCUGUUGAGCGAUGCUGCGAUUUCAAAACGUUGCCAAAAAUCGGUCUUCCCGAUCCGCCUUCCAAUGUACAGGUUGAAAUGGGUCCACAACCUAAUACACUUUUGGUUUCCUGGACACCGGUCACUAAUCAACCGUUACCACCAUCUCGUGCCGCUGUACAUUCCUAUCUCGUUUAUGCCGAUGGUCGUAAUAUUGCUCAAGUACCCAGUGUAAAUGAUCACGUGCUUCUUCGAUUAUCCGAUUUUGCGGACGAUCCACCAAUCUUUAUUACUGUUCGAACAAGGACAAAAGAAGGUGCCGUAUCAUCCGAUUCAAACGUUUGCCGUGUACCACGCGAUAUAACCAACACCACCGAACUUACAAAUCGUACCCCAACACUUAGCAUGCAAUCGAAUCCACUGAAUCUGUUGCAAACAUUGCCUGCUACUGGUGGACGAUCUUCAUUGAUAUCAUCUCUUAUUCCGAUCAAUAUUCCCGGUGGACAAACACCAAUUGUAACAACAACAACAACAACCACUGCUACUACUGCUACAACAAUAACAGCACCAAUAACAACAGCAACAACAGCAGCAGCAGCAGCAACAACAACAACAACAACAGCAAUGACUGAUCUUUUGCAUACUUCUCAGGGAAAUGUUGCUCCUAUCAAUUCGAUGAUAAUACCAUGUCCAUCUGCUGCAACAACAUUUGGGAGUCAUCAUGUGACAUCUGGUAGCAAUAUGUUGUCAAGGUAUUCAGGUCUCGAUCAAAUGCAUAUCGGUGAACAUCAUCAAUUGGUACAAAGUAGCGGUGCUGGUAGUGGUGGUUAA